AUGGCAGAUGCUUACUCACGUGUGACGGGUAAAACAGGUGUAGUGCUGGUCACUUCUGGACCUGGCGCAACCAAUACUGUAACACCAAUCGCUACAGCCUAUAUGGACUCAAUCCCAAUGGUGAUUUUGUCUGGACAGGUUGCCAGCCAUCUUAUUGGUGAAGAUGCAUUCCAAGAAACAGAUAUGGUCGGUCGUCCGGGUCCUGUUGUGGUCGAUAUUCCGAAGGAUGUCACUAAUCCUGUCGACAAAUUUGCUUAUGAAUAUCCUGAAAAAGUGAAGAUGCGCUCUUAUCAGCCACCUCACCGCGGUCAUUCAGGUCAAAUUCGUAAAGCCAUUGAUGAGCUGAUUAAUGCCAAACGCCCUGUCAUUUAUACAGGUGGUGGUGUUGUUCAGGGUAAUGCUUCUGCAUUACUGACUGAAUUGGCGCAUUUAUUGAAUUACCCAGUGACCAAUACGCUAAUGGGUUUGGGUGCAUUCCCAGGCGAUGAUGAGCAAUUCUUGGGUAUGUUGGGUAUGCAUGGUACAUACGAAGCCAAUAUGAGUAUGCAUAAUGCGGAUGUUAUCUUGGCGAUCGGUGCGCGUUUUGAUGACCGUGUAACCAAUAAUCCAGCGAAGUUCUGUACCAAUGCGAAAGUGAUUCAUAUUGAUAUCGACCCAGCGACGAUUUCAAAAACCAUUAUGGCGCAUAUCCCAAUCGUGGGUGCGGUAGAGCCAGUACUUCAAGAGAUGUUGGUUCAAUUGAAACAAAUGAAUGUUUCUAAACCAAACCCUGAAGAAAUCUCGGCAUGGUGGUCACAAAUCAACGAAUGGCGCAAAGUACAUGGUUUGCGUUAUGCGCCAGGUGAAAAUGGUGUGAUGAAACCACAACAAGUGGUUGAAGUCUUAGACAAAGUAACCAAUGGUGAAGCGAUCAUUACUUCUGACGUUGGUCAGCAUCAAAUGUUUGGUGCGAUGUAUUACAAAUACAAACGUCCACGUCAAUGGAUCAACUCAGGUGGCUUAGGCACAAUGGGUGUGGGUUUACCUUAUGCCAUGGCUGCGAAACUUGCAUUCCCAGACCAACAAGUGGUGUGUAUCACAGGUGAAGCAUCGAUUCAGAUGUGUAUCCAAGAGCUUUCUACAUGUAAGCAAUAUGGCUUAAAUGUGAAAAUCCUCUGCUUGAAUAACCGUGCUUUGGGGAUGGUAAAACAAUGGCAAGAUAUGAACUAUGAAGGACGUCAUUCAAGUUCUUAUGUUGAGUCAUUACCCGAUUUUCCAAAAUUGAUGGAAGCUUACGGCCAUGUAGGUAUCCAGAUUGACCAUGCGGAUGAGCUUGAAUCUAAGCUUAAAGAAGCAAUGGCGAUUAACGAUAAAUGUGUAUUCAUUAACGUGAUGGUUGAUCGUACCGAGCAUGUAUAUCCGAUGCUUAUUGCAGGUCAAUCUAUGCAAGAUAUGUGGUUGUCUAAAGGGGAGCGUACUGAAUGA